ACUGAAGCUGUGAAUUGUGUUUCAGGUCCUGAUUUGAGGAUUGUGAUGAUUGGAAAAACUGGUGUGGGGAAGAGUGCUGUUGGAAACACCAUCCUGGGAAAAAAACUUUUCAAAUCUCGUCCCAGUUCAGAGUCAGUGACUGAAACCUGUGAAACAGGUGAAACACAGUUGGAGGAGAGAAAAAUUUAUGUCAUAGACACACCUGGGAUCCUGGACACUGGGAAACCUGCAGAAAUGAUCGAAAAGGAAAUUGUGAGAUGUUUUGAAGUCUCCAGUCCAGGUCCUCAUGUUUUUCUACUGGUGCUCCAAGUCGGUCGAUUCACCACAGAGGAGAAAAACUCUGUGGAAGCCCUGCUGGAGCUGUUUGGUCCAAAAGCUCAACAUUACAUGAUUGUGCUGUUCACCCAUGGAGAUGAUCUUGAAGACCAGGAAAUCACCAUACAGCAGUAUGUACGUGAAGCCAAACCAGAGCUCAGAGAAGUCAUCCAAGGCUGUGGAAACAGGUUCCACGUCUUCAACAACAGAAGCAAAGACAGAAAGCAGGUGGAGGAGCUGAUCAAGAAGAUUGAUGACCUGGUGGCAGGACGUGGCGGCACAUACUACACAAAUGCCAUGUUUAGAGAGGUGGAAGAAAGGAAACAGAAACAACCUGACAGGGAGAGUGAAGAAUACAAGUUCCUGAGUCAACUGGUAGCGCAGAUUCUGCGUUUUCAUUCACGUCUUAAAAGAGAAUAA